GAGAGAGAGAGAGAGAGAGAGAGAGAGAGAUACACAGCACCACGGAGAGAGAAAAGCAACGGAAGGAGGGAUAAACUGCUACACAACGCCUUUGAAAGUGGAGCGAGAGACAGUGGCAGGCAACGAGCAAAACGACAGAGAGAGACCUGUGAGGGAGGGAGAGAGAGACGCUGAGGCUGGGAGAGCUCACCCCCCCUCCCCUCUUCCUCUCCUCUCCUCCUCUCCCUCCCCCCCCCCCCUCACUCCUUCAGGAGCUGUUGUGUACGAGCGGCAAGUACAGUGUGACUGAGCCAACAUGAGCGAUGUCACCAUUGUUAAAGAAGGCUGGGUGCAGAAGAGGGGUGAAUAUAUUAAGAAUUGGAGACCUCGCUACUUCCUCCUGAAAACCGAUGGAUCUUUUAUUGGAUACAAGGAGAAGCCACAAGAUGCAGAUCUACCCUACCCUCUCAAUAACUUCUCUGUUGCAAAAUGCCAGCUGAUGAAAACUGAACGACCAAAGCCGAACACUUUUAUUAUUAGAUGUCUACAGUGGACUACAGUCAUAGAGAGGACCUUCCAUGUGGACACGCCGGAAGAGAGGGAUGAGUGGGCAGAGGCGAUCCAGAUGGUGGCAGAUAAACUCCAAAGACAGGAAGAGGAACGUAUCCAGUCUAGUCCCACCUCACAGAUAGACAACAUGGGAGAGGAGGAGAUGGACACGUCUAUCAGUCACCACAAACGCAAGACAAUGAAUGACUUUGACUACUUAAAAUUAUUGGGAAAAGGCACUUUUGGUAAAGUCAUUCUUGUAAGGGAGAAGGCCAGCGGGAAAUAUUAUGCAAUGAAAAUUUUAAAGAAAGAGGUUAUUAUAGCAAAGGAUGAAGUGGCCCACACGCUCACAGAAAGCAGAGUACUGAAAAACACAAGACAUCCAUUUUUAACCUCUUUGAAGUAUUCGUUCCAAACAAAAGACCGCCUAUGCUUUGUGAUGGAAUACGUCAAUGGAGGAGAGCUGUUUUUCCAUUUGUCGAGAGAACGGGUGUUCUCGGAGGACCGCACACGCUUCUACGGUGCCGAGAUCGUUUCCGCCCUCGACUACCUGCACUCUGCCAAGAUAGUGUACCGGGAUCUGAAGCUGGAGAACUUAAUGCUUGAUAAAGACGGGCACAUCAAAAUUACAGACUUUGGCCUCUGCAAGGAAGGAAUCACUGAUGCUGCUACCAUGAAAACCUUUUGUGGGACACCAGAGUAUCUGGCACCAGAGGUGCUGGAGGACAAUGAUUACGGGCGUGCGGUGGACUGGUGGGGUCUGGGUGUGGUCAUGUAUGAGAUGAUGUGUGGCCGACUGCCUUUCUACAAUCAGGACCAUGAGAAGCUCUUUGAGCUCAUCCUAAUGGAGGACAUCAAGUUCCCCAGGACGCUCUCUGCUGACGCCAAGUCCCUGCUGUCAGGCCUGCUCAUCAAAGACCCCAACAAGAGACUUGGUGGAGGUCCGGAUGAUGCUAAGGAAAUUAUGCGACAUAAUUUUUUUACUGGAAUCGACUGGCAGGAUGUCUAUGAUAAAAAGCUGAUACCUCCCUUCAAGCCUCAGGUGUCAUCAGAGACAGAUACCAGAUAUUUUGAUGAAGAGUUCACAGCUCAGACGAUCACAAUAACCCCUCCUGAAAAAUUUGAUGAAGAUGGAAUGGACUGCAUGGAUAACGAGCGACGGCCACACUUCCCCCAGUUCUCCUACUCAGCCAGUGGGAGAGAGUGAACGCCAUGCAGCCGACACUGCCACAUGUUCAUCGAGGUGUUACCACCGGAAUAAAUUAGGUCUUCAGCUUCUAACAGCCCCAGUUUUUUUGACCCCCCAUCAACCAUCUUGGUUCUUUCAUUUGUUAAGCUAGACCAAGGAAAACAGUUCUGUUGUAGGGUUAUGGGAAUUUGCACGUUGGGAUAGACCGAAGUCCAACCCACCCAAACGUCUUUGCAGCUCCAGCCCAAAGGUUGGGUUCCAAUGGGAGAACUUUUGCUAUUUGUUAGGAGUUUGUUUACUUUUUUGUCUUUAUUGUGAUUCUCUCUUUGGAUAUUGGUGUUGCUUCACAUUCCUUAUUCAUUAGGAAAUGGUAUAAAGAUGUUUAACCCAAACAUUUCAGUCAGUUCAGAUGAUAAAAUAACUGCAUGGCUUGAAAUUCACAUGGGUUUUACGAUUACAUCUCUUGGGUACACUCUACAAUAAUCAAUGUAGUACAAAGACUACAACAUAAAAUCUCUUGUAUCUCAGCUGCUUUUGUUGGUACUGUUUUUAAGAUUCACCUUCUGUUGUAUAAAGUCAAAACUGCCAUAUACAGUUUACUCAGGCUUCACAGAGUACUGUGUACUGUGUUCAACUCAGUCAUAAGGACUAGUUUUACCCUCAACUCGCUCCCUCAAUCAUUCCACAACUAUUCCUCAGUAUAAAGCCCUGUGAACCUAAGCUAUGCAGCACUUAAACACCACUAACAAUUACAUACACUAUUUAUAUAUGUUUGGAAGAGCCUUGAGUGCACUCAGAAUAAUUUGUGAAUAUACUGUGCUUUUUCUUUCAAAUAUACAGUGUAUCCAUGUGAAAGGCUUUAAUUCUGAUAUAUAAUUCUGUAAGAAGCAGUUUAUGUUUCAGGAAUAUUUUAUGCAGUGUUACUGGGCAAUGAUACGAUAUUCACAGUUUAAGGGAAGCACUUCUAAUAUGAUCACACCAGUGUUCAAAUUCUUCUAUCACAACAAACCUAAUUUCUGAAAAGCUAAAACUGCUUUAAGAUAAUUUGUAAGAAACCCCUUCUACUCAUUGCUUAAUAGUGCAAUCGCAAAGUAGAAGAAAAUAAAAAUGCCAGCAUUAAUGGAGCGAAUGGCAGGGGAAGCACUAUUAUAUUGUUUUAUAAUAGGAAACAGAUGUGAUUUAAAAAAAUCUAUUUAAUUUAAUUGCUCUUUUGUUUGUUUGUCCUCGCAUUCAUUAAGAACGCUUUGAGUCUUUUUGUGGAAAUGAAAAUGGGUCAAUGCAAAGGCCUUUGUUUGUUUUUUUUUUUUGUUUUUGUUUUGUUUUUUAUAAAGUUGACCAGCUUUCUUUUCACGCCAUUAUAUUAUUUUCAGCAAUCUGAGUAUUGUUGGAUGUGUUGGUCGUCUUUCCAACAAUGAAAGGGCUGUAAAAAAUGGCACUCCCAGUAACAAACGAAACAAAUUAUUACAGUACAGUACUGUCCUCUGGCAAUAAGUUACUGUAUGUUAAAAUCUGUAACAUAAACAUGGCAGUGAGCAAGUCACACUCACUAUUGUGCUUUCUUUUUUUAUUGCAUAACAUUUAAAUUAAUUAGCUUUUGAACAGAAUUCCAACAGCUUCAAGAGACAACAGGACUAUAAAUGCAGUGAUUCAGACGUCAAUGUAAAAUUUUUGCUUUUGUGACAUCCUGCUUCCAAAUACUUUCAUGUGCUUCACUACAUCUAACACGUUAAAGCUAUGUUCACAUUCCUAUCUACAACACUACAGUAUAUUUGUCAACAAAUCAAAUACCUCCAGGUGGUGGCAUCACAGAUCAGUAUUCCAAUCAGAUAUUAGCAUAAAAAAUCCUCAGAUAAACAUUGAAAUACUAGGAUAUUUGUUUGAAUUAGGAGUGCCAAAUGUUUUAGAUUGCAGACUGAGGAUUUAACACCCUUGGAUGAUGCUUGAUAAAAUAGUUGAGGGAAUCAGAGGGAAAUAUCUAUAAUUUACAUGGAUAUAGAUUAUACCAAGUGAAAAAUUCUAUAUAUGCAGAACAUUUAUUAAUCUCUCAAUAGUGUUUGGCAAUAAAACCUACUGUCUGUGGCAUUUGUUUCCUGAGUGCAGAGAUGGCUCUUGUGCAUGUUGCUGUUGCUUUUGGUUUAAGUACGUUAAAGUCCAGGCUGUGUGUACUGGUUGCUGUAUUCUUUUCUCCCAAUGGCCUGUUGUGAUGUGGCUGUCAGAUUAAUUUAAGCAGGAAUGGCAAAAACUGCUUUCAUUUGAAGUUGAAGUCAGAAGUUUACAUACACCUUAGCCAAAUACAUUUAAACUCAGUUUUUCACAAUUCCUGACAUUUAAUCAUAGAAAACAUUCCCUGUCUUAGGCCAGUUAGGAUCACUACUUUAUUUUAAGAAUAUGAAAUGUCAGAAUAAUAGUAGAGAGAAUGAUUUAUUUCAGCUUUUAUUUCUUUCAUCACAUUCCCAGUGGGUCAGAAGUGUACAUACACUUUAUUAGUAUUUUGUAGCAUUGCCUUUAAAUUGUUUAACUUGGGUCAGACUUUUUGGGUAGCCUUCCACAAGUUCCUCACAAUAAGUUGCUGGAAUUUUGGCCCAUUCCUCUAGACAGAACUGGUGUAACUGAUUCAGGUUUGCAGGCCUCCUUGCUUGCAGAUACGUUUUCAGUUCUGCCCCCAAAAUUUCUAUCGGAUUGAGGUCAGGACUUUGUGAUGACCACUCCAAUACUUUGACUGUGUUGUCCUUAAAGAGCACCUAUUAUGGUUUUUCAAAUAUUACCUUUCAUGUUGUGUGUUAUAUAGCUGUUUGUGAAUGUAAAAAAGUCUGCAAAGUUUCAAAAAUCAAAGUGCACGAAAUAUGGAGUUAUUGACACCCAAAAGAAAGAACCGAUUCUGAACACUUGAAACGAGUCGUUAGUAAUUCCAGACUUACUUCCUGUACUAACCUACAUAAUUUGGUAACAAAAAACCCACCUCUGGUCUGUUUACAUGUACAGCCAGUGCAGGCUGUUAGCCUGUUAGCCUCUGCUAACCGGCUAACUCACUUAUUGUCAAACUACUUAUAAACUUACCACUGAGAAAGGUCCUGUUCUCGUCGUGCUUGCGAUGGUGGUUCGGGUUGAUCUUCCGAUAUAUCACUAUCGGACUCGGGCUCAAAUUGGUAAGGUAAAACAGACAUUUUUUCAGACGGAGCUGAAACUCGGAUAUGGUAGUGGUCCUUUCCGACACGCGCUGUAAGCGGUAGACCAAUCACAACAGAGCAGAGUAGAAUCUCUGAGAGGAGGAGUUUAGAAUGAAUCCUUUAGAACGGAUCAUUGAACGAGUCGUUUGAGACACUGGGAAAAAAAGGUAAUGCUGCAAUUUAAAUUAUGAGCAAAUUAAAGUGUUUUUUGACCUUGGAUGCAUGUAAAUCUAUUGUAUGAGACCUUUAAAACAAAAUUAGGCACGCUUAAAAACCAUAAUAGGUACACUUUAAGCCAUUUUGCCACAACUUUGGAGGUACGCUUAGGGUCAUUGUCCAUUUGGAAGACCCAUUUGCGACCGAGCUUUAACUUCCUGGCUGAUGUCUUGAGAUGAUGCUUCAAUAUAUCCACAUAAUUUUCCUUUCUCAUGAUGCCAUCUAUUUUAUGAAGUGAACCAGUCCCUCCUGCAACAAAGCACCCCCACAACAUGAUACUGCCUAACAUAACGAUGGUCAUUAUGGCAGUUACAUUUUUGUUUCAUCAGACCAGAGGAUGUUUCUCCAAAAAGUAAGAUCUUUGUCCCCAUGUGCACUUGCAAACUGUAGUCUGACUUUUUUAUGGCAGUUUUGGAGCAGUGACUUCUUCCUUGCUGAGCAGCCUUUCAGGUUAUUUCGAUAUAGGAAUCGUUUUACUGUGGAUAUAGAUACUUGUCUACCUGUUUCCUCCAGCCUCUUCACAAGGUCUUUUGCUCUUGUUCUGGGAUUGAUUUGCACUUUUCGCACCAAACUACGUUCAUCUCUAGGAGACAGAAUGUGUCUCCUUCAUGAGCGGUAUGAUGGCUGUGUGGUCCCAUGGUGUUUAUACUUGCGUACUAUUGUUUGUACAGAUGAACGUGGUACUUCAGGCAUUUGGAAAUUGCUCCCAAGGAUGAACCAGACUUGUGGAGGUCCACAUUUUUUUUUCUGAGGUCUAGGCUGAUUUCUCCAUUACGUCAAGCAAAGAGGCACUGAGUUUGAAGGUAGGCCUUAAAAUACAUCCACAGCUAUCAGAAGCUAAUUGGCUAAUUGCCUAAAGGCUUGACAUCAUUUUCUGGAAUUUUCCAAGCUGCUUAAAAGCACAGUUAACUUAGUGUAUGUAAACUUCUGACCCACUGGAAUUGUGAUAUAGUCAAUUAAAACAAUUGUCUGUAAACAAUUGUGUCAUGCACAAAGUAGAUGUCCUAAACGACUUGCCAAAACUAUAGUUUGCUAAUAUGAAAUCUGUGGAGUGGUUAAAAAAAAUAGUUUUAAUGACUUUAACCUAAGUGUAUGUAAACUUCUGACUUCAACUGUAUAUUUGGCAUUUAUUGAGAAAUUUAAGUGAAUGUGACAGCCCCAUUGUGGGGUUAGGGUGAGCAUAUUUAUAUUGAGGUGGGAUGAUAAUGAAGAAGAGAUAUAACAAAAGCAGAAAGAUUGUUUGGUAAAAUGAUCUAGAGGGUGUUUGAGAUUAAAAUGUGUAUAUAUGAAACGGAAGUAUUGGAUUUCGUACUGCAGUUCGUCUAUAGUCGGUUAGUGGGACAAGUUUGGUUUCUUGCAUGUGUGUUAAGGACUGUUGUGGAUUUGACUACGGUUGGUAAAGAAUGAUUCAGAAAGUUUCUGUCGAUAUCCCUUUUGCCGAACAGUGUGCUCUGUUAUCUGCCCGGAAAUGAUUUCCACCACAAAACCUAAUGCUUUCGUUGAAUGUCAGCAUUGUGAAUGGUCUAACAGUGUAAAGUGAGAUGCCGUAGCAUGGUACUGUUUUUCUAUUGCCAGAUUUGUUCGGUCCCAAUAAGAGUCGAGCUUGAGGAUGUGCGCUUGCAUUCAAAUUGUGAUGUCUUAUCUAAUAAUGUUCUCUGACAGCACAGUGCUGGUACUGCGAGCAGAUUAGCUCUUUAUGUCAUGCUCUGUCUUCCAAAUUGUACUCAUUUUCCUUUAAAUCAUUCUUUUAUCCUUUCCAUAAUUUUUUUUUUUUCUUUUUCUGAGUGAGAAAGUUAAUGCAAUUACCUUAUUUGAUUUAAUGGGCUUAUAUUGCUGACUGUGUUAUUUUAAAAUGUUGUUCAAUUCUAUUAGUUUUUAUUACUUUUUUAUUUAUCAGUGAAUAACUUGAAUAUUUGUCAACUUUAUUUGUUUGUUUCAGUCUUAUUUUACAUUUGGUUAGGUAACUUUUAAAAUUGAAAUUAUGAAUAAGGGGAUUUUUGUUUUGGAUUUUUUUUUUUUUUUUUUUGGUAAAUCCUUGCUUUUCACUUUCAAAAAAAUUUAUUUGUGAUUGUAAGGACACAUUUAUAUAGUCAUACUGUUCAUCCAUUUUAUUAACUUUAAUAUGCACUUGAGAGGGACCAAAGGGUCCUAAGCUUAUCCUCAAGACAUUGAGAGGUAGAGAAACAUUAGGUUUUUUUAGGAUGGUACCUUGCAUGUGAAAGACAAUUAUUGGUAAUACAUAAUACCUUAUUUAAACAGCAGAAGGGCCAUUGGCUUUGGCCAAAUCAAUCAAACACUUUUGUAAUUCCAUAUUUUAACACUCAGCUUUGUAUCUGCUUGUAGUAGCACUUUCAUACCCAUUGCCCUUUUUAUAUAGCUCUGCAAAAGAAAAAAAAUGUCCCUGCUUAGGAAAAGAAAAAUGAAUAAAGAGAGAGAGAAUACUUGAAAGCACAGAUUCGCCCUUCAUGGACCUCAUGCUAUUUUAUUUUAAAGAGAGAUUGUGGUCUGUAACAUGUAAAGGUGUGGAUGUAGACCUGAAAUGCUGCCAGGAGGCAAAACCUGGUGACACAGACUAACUGUUCCCCAAGAGUCCUUAAUGCUCUUGUAUUCUAGCAAAGCUGAGCUUUUCCAGUGUCAACACUUCAAAAGUUUCAGAGGAAAACUUAAUAUGUAAACCCAACCUAGAAGUCAUUAGUCCCCCCUCUGGGAGGGCUGAAUACUAAUCUAGUGUGAUGAUGGGACUCAUCCCUCCUAAAUGCACCUCAGCGUGCACACUGCUGCUACUGUUUAUAUUGUCUACAACACAAUUUCUCUGUAUCACGCACCUGGUAGUGUAUGAAUGAGCAUGAAUUGUAAAGUAUUUAUAUAUUAAAAAAAAGACAAAUCUUAAACAAAAACAAAAAACAUACAUUUUAUGUCCAUGUAGCUUUAGAGUUUGUGACAUUUCUUGACCUUGCUAGCUCUGUCGUUAGAUCCAUGUUAAGAACUAGUCGUGUGGUUAAGAAUUUUACACAGAGGAGAUUAACAAAAAAUAAGAACAACUGUAUUACUGUCCAUCAUCUGAAAUGUAAAAAAAAAAAUGUCCUUGACUAUAGGGCCCACAGGGGGGUGAACAGCUGAUCUGCAAGAAAACUGUUUUUGUACACUGUACAUCCUAGUAUUUUUACACGUAAAUGUAUAUGAUAGGGAUGCACAUUAUUUUCCUUCUUAAAGACUGCUUAAAUAAAGAACUGUCAAUCUGC